UAUAUUAUAUUACACAAAGCUUUAAAACAGAAGAUUCCAGCAUUGAACAUUACAGGUUAAAGUCAACGUUAAAGUAGGUUGCUAGUAUUCAAGCAUUGAACAACAAUUUGAAUAUUGAAACAUUACAGUAUUUCAUCAACGAAGGUAUACAUUUUAACGUUCAAAUUACAGCAUAUGAGGCACAUUUCAAAGUACAGUAUAUGACACUCGAGCAUUCAACAUGGCGGCAUUCUUGAAUUUCGGCAUUAUUUCAGCAAAUACAUGCUAAACAUUGCUCGAGUAAUGUUUAUUACAUUACAAUUAUUGUUAUAAUUUAUCUUAAUAUGUGUUUUGUUUUUCAUUUUAGAUAUUUAAAAACUCUAAAAACUGGAACGUACGCUUCGGUCAGGACGUUUCGCCUUCACGAUUUACUUGCAAAGUGUUCAUCGUUGAGGCGUUUUUGGAUAGAAGUAGAAGAACCAAUGUUGAAUCAUCAAUUACAAUGGACUUUCGGAAUAAAACUGAGAGAAUUAACAGUAACAGGAGAGAAACUAACAAAAAUAUUCCCGGAUGCAUUCUUAGGAUUACAAACUCACGAACUGAUUUUAAGAAUAACAAAUACUUCCAUUAAUACUUUACCAGAUGGUUUGUUGAAAUAUCUCGCUGAUGUUCGAUAUCUAACGCUGGACAUACGAGGAAAUCAAUUAUCUUCCAUGAAACCUGAAGUACUUGCUUUAAGUAGAGAAAGCUGCACAACUUUCAGCAGUACAAAACAUAUCAUAG